GUCUGUGCGCCGGAGCGGCCGCUGCUGCUGCUGCUGCUGCUGCUGCUUCUUGUGCCGCUGACCCGGAGGCUCCGCUCGGCUUCUGGCCCGCCGCCCUCGCCGUCUUCCUCGCAGGCCGCGGAGGCGCUGGCGCGCGGCUUCCGUCCCCUCUCGCCGCCCCCUUCGGACUCCGCUCCCGCCUGGGCGCGCGGGGCCUCGCUUCCCGCCCGGCUUUGAGGGGCUUCCCGCAGGGAGGAAGGAGAAGUGUCCGCGGGUCCUGGUCCUGGGAAAUAAUGAAAAAGGUUUGCCAAGGUUCUUGAUCAGAGAAGUGGACUUUGAGAUAAAGGAACUAACUAGGCUCAUGUUUUCGCCUGAUCAAGAAAACCAUCCGUCAAAAGCACCAGUGAAAUAUGGUGAACUGAUUGUAUUGGGGUACAAUGGCUCUCUGCCAAAUGGAGAUCGAGGAAGAAGAAAAAGCAGAUUUGCUUUAUUUAAAAGAGCCAAAGCAAAUGGGGUGAAACCUAGCACUGUGCACAUUGCCUGUACGCCUCAGGCAGCAAAGGCAAUAAGCAACAAGGACCAGCAUAGUAUAUCCUACACCUUGUCUCGAGUUCAAACAGUGGUGGUUGAAUAUACACAUGACAGCAACACAGACAUGUUUCAGAUUGGACGAUCAACAGAGAGCCCUAUAGACUUCGUAGUGACAGAUACUGUUCCCGGAAGCCAGAGCAAUUCAGAGACUCAGUCUGUUCAGAGCACUAUCUCAAGGUUUGCUUGCAGAAUCAUAUGUGAACGAAAUCCUCCUUUCACAGCAAGAAUAUAUGCCGCUGGCUUUGACUCCUCCAAAAACAUCUUUCUAGGGGAGAAAGCUGCCAAGUGGAAGACUUUGGAUGGGCAAAUGGAUGGGUUAACCACAAAUGGGGUUCUUGUUAUGCAUCCGCGCAAUGGAUUCACUGAAGACUCCAAGCCCGGAGUAUGGAGGGAGAUAUCUGUAUGUGGGAAUGUGUUCAGUCUUCGUGAAACAAGAUCUGCUCAGCAGAGGGGGAAAAUGGUUGAAAAUGAAACAAACCAACUUCAGGAUGGUUCGUUGAUUGACCUCUGUGGAGCAACAUUACUGUGGCGCACUGCAGAAGGCCUUUCGCGCACUCCCACCGUGAAGCACUUGGAAGCUCUAAGACAGGAAAUAAAUGCCGCUCGACCUCAGUGCCCUGUGGGCUUUAACACACUAGCCUUUCCUAGUAUGAAGAGGAAAGACGUUGUAGAUGAAAAGCAACCCUGGGUUUACCUGAACUGUGGCCACGUCCAUGGCUACCACAACUGGGGGAACAAAGAAGAGAGAGAUGGAAAGGACCGGGAAUGCCCCAUGUGUCGAUCUGUUGGCCCUUAUGUGCCGCUCUGGCUUGGAUGUGAAGCUGGAUUUUAUGUGGAUGCUGGCCCUCCAACUCACGCAUUCAGCCCAUGUGGACAUGUGUGCUCAGAAAAGACAACUGCCUAUUGGUCCCAAAUACCUCUUCCUCAUGGUACCCACACUUUUCAUGCAGCCUGUCCGUUCUGCGCACAUCAGCUUUCUGGUGAACAAGGCUACAUCAGACUUAUUUUCCAAGGACCGCUUGACUAACUCGUGUUACCUGAGAACUGCAUUUAAAUACAUAAGCUAAAAGAUUCUAAUUUCAAAUGAACUGCUGUCUUAAAUUCAACUAUAUUUCAUUCUCUGGGCUUUGACAGUUUACUUUGAGAUGAAGAAUACUAAUUAUUUAAGUGGUGAAUUCCUCUGUAGAUAAUGGAUGAAGCUGGUUAUGUAGGAAAGAUUGGUGGUGGAUAGCGGGAGCAGACUGAAGGUAGUUCCUAGCCCAUCAUUUUUGAGAUGGAAAAGAUAACAUUCUUUGCCUUCAAUGUAAAUGAUUUGAAUAACAUGCCUUUAAUAUCUAAAAUUUGUCUUUUUAAAAAGUAUAUAAUUGAGGGGUGAAAGUGAUCAGUUCAAAAGGAUAUGAGUUUACAGCUUGGAUACAAACAUGUAAGAUAGAGCAACAUGUAUAGUAACUCCUUUUUCUAUUUAUCUUUGCUAUGAAAAAUUAUCCUAGGUGACUUGGAUAGAGUAGCAUGGUAGUUGUGUGUUGCAUCCAUUGACUGGAUGUGUAGAUUAGUUCUGGAUCAGGAAAGGGUAGGAGAUGGGAAUAUGAUAGAUGAGCUUUCUUUAUUUUGUAAGAGACUAAAUCAAUAUUGAGUUGGUAGAAAAGCAGCAGGUUUUAAAACAUAACUAAAGCAAAUUAAAUUGAUGUGCUUUUUGAAGUGCUUAACUACAUGUUGGAUUACUUGAUAAAAUCCUUGUUUUUUCUUUCUCUUUCUCUGUCUGGUAGAACUGUAACAAAAUGAACUGGUCACAUAACAUUUACCUGAUACUUGGAAUAUGCAAUUUGCCCUCAAUGAAGUUCUUUUCUCCCUCCAUGUUAUAUAUUAUGUAUUUGGUUUGUUUUUUGUUGCCUUGUUUUUUUGCAUUUGCAGCACUGAAGGGUUUAUGCUUAUUUAAAUAAAAAAGAAAACACCAAGGUA